AUGUCGAUGCUCCCGGGUCCCGUGGGCAUUACUGCUCCAACGGAGCAGAUCCGUGAGGCCACAGCGUCUCCCGGUGAGCUUCAGAAACUCGAAGAGUCUGCCGCUCACCCCGGUAUCCGAGAGCGUGAGUGGGGUCUCGCGGCUCGUGUGGAUGAGACCGUCACGUUUGAAGAGUUCACCUACUGGGCCAAGAUCGAGCGUGAGCUUGAAGAUGAAGAGUACCGUCGCUAUACCGCCGUCACCGGCGGCGGUGGUCUCCUGGGCUCUUUCAAGAACUACUUCAAGAACAACCCCUACGAGGAUGCCAAGCUUCACGAGUCCCGAGAGGUGCAUGACAGUGAGCGGUCGGUCCAAUUAUACGAGAAGAAGGCCGACGUGGCCGUCUCGGGUGGACCAGGUGGUGGCCCCCACCCCAUUGCUCCUCCUCCUACCUACGACCUUGAUGCCGAGUGGCGGACCGCCGCGCGGGCCUUGCGCACGGCGGGCUGGGGAACCAUCUUUUAUCUGAUCACGACUGAUAUUCUGGGAUGGUCACAAACACCCUACGUCUUCUCCAACACCGGGUAUGGUCUCGGGGUGGGAAUUUUCAUCCUCAUGGCUUUGGCGGCGUUCGCCUCGGGCAUCAUGAUCUGGCGCGUGUUCCUGGCUCUAGACUCGGCACGGUUCCCCGUGGUCAGCUUCGGGGACCCGUUCUUGCGUCUGUUGGGACCCCGGAUGCGUCACUUUAUCAACUUCAUGCAGUCGGUCCAGAUGUUCCUGAGUGUGGCCGUCGUCUUGCUCGGAAAUACCGGUAUCAUUGCCCAAUUGGGUGGUGAUGCCAAUCUGUGUUACAUCGUCUGCGGCAUCAUCUCUCUGGUGGUCGGUAUGGCCAGUGGUUUCAUGCGAUCUCUGAAGCACUUGGGUUGGUUCUGCAACCUGGCCGUGUGGAUCAACAUUGUCACCUUUAUCAUCAUUAUCGUCGCCGCUGUCAAGAACGGCCCAGACCCGACGGCUGCUGUCAACAACGGUGUGUUGCCCAAGGAGUGGGCAGACCCAGCCACGAUGGCUCCCGUCAUGACCUUUGUGGAAACCCCGCCUGCCUUGUACCAGCCCACCGACCACAAUCUGUUUGCGGCUCAGUUCACCGGAAUCAACAGCAUGGUUUACGCCUACUCGGGUGCCGUGAUGUUCGUCGCUUUCCUUUCCGAGAUGCGUCGGCCCAUGGACUUCUGGAAGGGUCUCCUGGUAGCUCAGACUUUCAUCACCGUCGUGUACAUCUUCUUCGGUGCCUUUGUAAGUUUCGGCAAACGCUCUGGUCGGAAUGUUUCAGAUGCGUCUCAAGCAGUCACUAAUCGGUCGUCGAUCCAGGUCUACCACUUCUACGGCCAAUACGCCUACACCAACGUGACCCAGUCCGUCAACCCCCAACACAUUCAGAUUGUGGGCAACGUUCUCUCUCUUCUCACUGGUUGGCUUGCCAUCUUCCUCUACUUCAACGUCGGCAUGAAGACUGUCUACCUCGAAGUCGGCCAAGCCAUCUUCAACCUCCCCGCCAUCACCACCAAGAAGGGCAAGCUGCUCUGGUGGGGUCUCGGACCCGUGUACUGGAUCCUUGCUUUUGUCCUCAGCAUGUCGGUGCCCCAAUUUGGCGCCUUCACCAACUUUGUCGGAGGUCUCUUCAGUCUGAACUUCACCUACUCCUUCUCCGGUAUCAUGUAUCUGGCCUACAAAAUCCAGGACGGUGCUCGCUUGGAAGGUGAAGGAUUCGAUCCCGCCACCGGCCAAACCACCCGCCAUGACAGCGGCAUCUCUCGCUGGGUCCGUGGAUUCAAAAAGACUUGGUAUCUCAGCCUUCCUGUCCUCAUCUUCACCCUGUGCGGUCUCGCCACCUCUGGCAUGGGUACCUGGGCGGCUGUGUUGGCCCUGCAGUCUGCCUUUGGCCCUGGUGGCUCGGUCUUGACUUCUUGGACCUGCACCAACCCUUACUACAGUGGUUAA